GCCCGCUCAACACAUUUAUUCACGCCCUCUGGCCGCCUCCUGGCGUCUCCUGUACAAGUGUAUCUAUCUAUCUCUUGCGCAACACGAAACGCGAGGUGAAGUGAAGCGGCAAGCAAUCAUGACGGUGUCAUCGCUACAGGACGGCCAGGCCGAGCUGCCGACGCCGCGCAGCACGCACUCGUACUGGCACCGCGACCCGUCCAAGAAGCUGCUGGGCCAUCGAACCACGGCGCAUCUGCCGCCCACGGCCGACGUGGUCGUCAUCGGCAGCGGCAUCACGGGCGCCUUUGCCGCGCGGGAGCUGGUCGCGGGCGGGCGGGGCGUGCUGAUGCUCGAGGCCCGGGAGGCGUGCUGGGGCGCGACGGGGCGUGUAAGUCUUUUCCUUUUUGUUUGCUUGACCUUGUGCUUUCUUUGUUUUCGUCAUCUUUUCUUUUCGAUGCCGAUUGUGUCUUGCUCCAUGGUUCAAAAUUUUGGUUUUGUUUUCUUUUGAGCAAUUCUGGGGUGGCUGGCUGAACUGAUCCGAUAUCGCAGAAUGGCGGCCAUUGCCAGCCCAUGGUAUGGAAGACGUCCGCCGCGGUCGCUCGCUUCGAGCUGGCCACGUUCAACCUCAUCGACGAGCUCGUCGCCAAGUUUGACAUCCCGUGCGACUGGAAAGUCGUCGGCGGGAUGCACGCCAUCUUCGAGCAGGACGCUCUCGACGCGGCCAAGACGCAGAUCAGGCGCCUGCAGAAGCACGAGGACCUCCGCGACAAGGCGGUCCUGAUCCUCGACAAGGAGGAGCUGGCGGCACAGCGCAUCCCCGAGGCCCUGGGCGCCGUGUACCAGCCCAAGGCGGCCAAGUGCUGGCCGUACAAGCUGGUUGCCUGGCUCCUGGAGCGGCUCCUGGAGGAGAACCCGUCGUCGCCGUCUGCGUUCAACCUGCAGACGAGCACCCCGGUCGAGCAUCUCCAGAGGAGCGGCUCCUCGUGGAUCGUGCACACGCGGAGGGGCCAGGUCUGCGCCAGGGAGGUCCUCCUCGCGAGCAAUGCGUACACGUCGUACCUGCUGCCCAAGAUGACGGGCCUCAUUGUCCCCGUGCGCGGGCAGGUCUCCGCCCUGGAGCCGCCGCCGGGGACCGCGCAGCUGGCGCACAGCUACGUCUGGCUCCAGGAUUCGGACGUGUACCUGGUCCAUCGAGGGCCCGAGGACACGCAGGUGAGGGACGGCGAGCAGGCUGGCCCCCACCCUGCCCGCGCCCGUCGGGUGGUGGACCGGUCGCUCGUGGUCGGUGGGCACCGACUCGCUGCGCCGGGCCGGGAAGAAGGCCUCUCGCGAGACGACACGGUCAACCCGAUUCUCAGCCAGGCGCUGAGAAAAUCACUGGCGCACACGGUGAAGCUGUUGCCAGAGGACCAGGAUGACCCGGAGAAGCUGCGUGCGGCGUACGAAUGGACGGGCAUCAUGGGGUACUCUCGCGACCACAUGCCCUGGGUAGGGCGUGUGCCGGCGUCGCUCACCAGCAGCAGCAGCAGCAGUGGUGUCGUCGGCACCGACGACGUAGAAAAGGGGCUUUGGAUCAGCGCGGGCUACACGGGCCACGGCAUGCCAGUCGCGGCGCGGUGCGGCGUCGCCGUCGCGGAGAUGAUCCUCGGCAAAGAGGGCGGCGUGCAGGUCCCACGGGGCUGGAUGGCCAGCGCGAGGAGGGCGGAGAGGGCGAGGGGCUUGGAGCUGCCCAAGACUAGGGCCGACAUGCUCGACAUGCUGCUCGUCGAGUGACUGUCGGUAGGACUCGGGAAGGUAUAGGUAUGGACCUAGUUGGAUAUCAGCGCAGGCCCGCGAUUGUGAGCUCUACUGAGAGUUGUGCGAAUGACGUGACGAACUUUGUUAGAGACGUGUUCCUUGGAUGACAACUGCUUUCUAGUCAGCCACCAGGGGCAUCACCGGCACCACAGACAUUGUAGGCAUCAUAUACGACCCUGCUGCUGGGCUAUAGUAGCAGUUUGCAGGCAUCGCGGGGGGCGAGUAACAAGCAAUGCUAUCGCCUCAUGCCUCUUUCGGCCGCCUUUGGCACCUAGUAUCAGUAGUGGCCAAAGAAAAAAUGAGUGUUGUCC